GCGGCCCGGACGCCGGCGGGUCGGCUGAGGCUUCUGUGAGAAGGCGCUCGAGCCUGCUGAGCAGUGAGCCGCAGAGGAGGCGGGGAGGCGGUGGCCGCGCUCGUUCGCUUCCCGGCGCCGCCGAGGGUCCGCCAGCCGCGCCUCCAGCCCGCGUGCCGCUCGGUGGCUCAGCGCAGGAGCGCCCGCAGUCCGGCUGAAUCCCGGCUGAGGUCCAGAGUCUCCGGCUCCCUCUGACCCCGCGCGCGGGGCGAGCAGGCGCCACACCUGUGGAUUGGCCGUCGUCGCGGGUGUCCGCUGAGCAGCGCGCGAGGCGCGUCCCCUCAGCUCGGCUCCACGGGCAGAAUGGGGCUCCCGGCGCUGGAGUUCAGCGACUGCUGCCUCGACAGCCCGCACUUCCGAGAGACGCUCAAGUCACACGAAGCAGAGCUGGACAAGACCAACAAAUUCAUCAAGGAGCUCAUCAAGGACGGGAAGUCGCUCAUUAGCGCGCUCAAGAAUUUGUCUUCGGCAAAGCGGAAGUUUGCAGAUUCCUUAAAUGAAUUUAAAUUUCAGUGUAUUGGAGAUGCAGAAACUGAUGAUGAGAUGUGUAUAGCGAGAUCUUUGCAAGAAUUUGCCACUGUUCUCAGGAAUCUUGAAGAUGAGCGGAGUCGCAUGAUUGAGAACGCCAGUGAGGUGCUCAUCACGCCCUUGGAGAAGUUUCGAAAGGAGCAGAUCGGGGCUGCCAGGGAAGCCAAAAAGAAGUAUGACAAAGAGACAGAGAAGUACUGUGGCGUCUUAGAAAAGCACUUGAAUUUGUCUUCCAAGAAAAAGGAAGCCCAGCUGCAGGAGGCAGACAGCCAAGUGGACCUGGUUCGGCAGCAUUUCUAUGAAGUGUCCCUGGAGUAUGUCUUUAAGGUGCAGGAAGUCCAAGAGAGAAAGAUGUUUGAGUUUGUGGAGCCUCUCCUGGCCUUCCUGCAAGGACUCUUCACUUUCUAUCACCAUGGUUAUGAGCUGGCCAAGGAUUUUGGUGACUUUAAGACACAGUUGACCAUCAGCAUACAAAAUACAAGAAACCGCUUCGAAGGAACCAGGUCUGAAGUGGAAUCGCUGAUGAAGAAGAUGAAGGAAAACCCCCUUGAGCACAAGACCAUCAGCCCCUACACCAUGGAAGGGUACCUUUAUGUGCAGGAGAAACGUCACUUUGGAACUUCCUGGGUGAAGCACUACUGUACAUACCAACGGGAUUCCAAGCAGAUCACCAUGGUCCCGUUUGACCAAAAGUCAGGAGGAAAAGGGGGAGAAGAUGAGUCCAUCACCCUCAAAUCCUGCACUCGGCGGAAGACAGACUCCAUUGAGAAGAGAUUUUGCUUUGACGUGGAAGCAGUAGACAGGCCAGGGGUUAUCACCAUGCAGGCGUUGUCGGAAGAGGACCGUAGGCUCUGGAUGGAAGCCAUGGAUGGCCGGGAACCU